AUGAUGAAUAACGUUAUAGACGGUCGAUCGUAUAGUUUUCUAAUUGCACUAAUUGCAAUUAAUUCUGUUAUCAGUUCAUAUUCAAUGCCACGACAAAAAUCUUAUCAUCAGCUUGAUUUAAUGAUAAAACGAUGCUUUCGUACAAUUUGUAAAGAUUGGAUACAUGAAUGUCAUUGGUUUUGUGAUUUAGCAAAAGGAAGGCCAUUAUAUGAUCGAUGUAUGGAAUGUUUGAGUUGGAAAGGAAGGCAUUGUUAUGAAUGCUUUGAUUUGUGA